AUGGCUACUGGACUCACCAUUCUCUCCCCGUCCAUGCUCCCUCCCCGCACUUCCACUUCGACGCUCGACUCGAUGAACAGUGGAAGCAGCCGCUCGCCUUCGCCCUAUGGCCAGGGCCACAACAUUCAACUCAUCAACACUAUCCCAGGCGCACUUCCACGCUCUUCGACACCGACACGCCAAAGGCUACUCUACGUCGCGGCCUCGCUCUCGAUUCACCUCACCAAUGCCGACCUUCCUCAUGCGUUCCUUGGUCGCUUCUCUCUCUUCCUUCGUGGCGCAGAUGUUUCUCCUCGUUGGGUUGAUGCAGAUGUCAUCAAGCCUAUCAUCGGCGCGACGCAGCGCGUCAAGGACGUAUUGGCGCUCAACAAGGACUUUGCCAUCCAUGGCGAGGCGCACGAAGACGGCAUAGACAGGCUGCUCGUUAGUCACUGCUGUGGAAUCUACGUCCGGCUUUCUGUUGGUGCUAUCCCAUCAUUGAAGAAGAAGGUCGACUUGAUCUCUGCACACCUUGAUGCAUCCCAGCCCAAUGUUGUGCUCCCGUGCUUGACGCCUGCUCGUCAAUUCCUUGAGACGGUGAUCAUCGCCUCGUCGAUGGAUGCCAAAGUCGAGGACUUGCAGGAUCUAGUGUGGAUGAAGGAUAAUCUCAAGAUGGAUAUGAUGAACGACCCCACCACGCUCAAGAAGACGUGGGACGAUGGCCGUCUCGGAAGGCUCAUCGAAAAUUGGCCGGCGAUAAAGGGUGUCUUUGUCGACCUUGGACUCGUUGCAGAUGGAGACGAAAUCCGUUCGACGGUCCACAAUACGUUGAGCCGAUCUCGAUCCAAGUACGGUCAUUAA